AUGGGCCCGAAGAAACGUCGGCUGGGAGAAUACAAUGAAAACGCUCCUUCAUCCACCGCCACGCUCUCUGAACCGAGUCACUCACGCUGUGGACCGUCGCCCCCCGGUGUGAGUCAGGAGUAUGAACACAGAUACCAACAAGAAGGGAUAUCGCACUGUGAGGUAGGCAUCAACUCCACCUCGGAUCCCGUGACGCUGAACAACAACCCACCUCAACCGCGCCAUAUUGGCUCAGGGGGUGAGGGCUCUGAGUACUGA